GGGGAGCAAGAGCCAACGAGAGUCCAGCCCACUUCAACAAAACCAUUCAACACAGUGAGCAGUCCCAGACCUCUUGCGAGCGCACUGCUUCCCUGGGGCACAUCCAGAAGCUGACUACCCAUCCCAUACAAACUUCUCAAGGACCUGGAGAGGGUGAGAAAUCCACUGACAGAACUAUCCCUGCUUUGUGAUCAGCACAUCUUCUCAAAACUUACCAGCAAGGAUUACUCUUUUCCCACACUUUUUCCCUCUAGUAGUUUAGCUCUUACUUUUUUGUUCCACUCCAAUCUUUGUCAGAUCAUCCACAGACAAGACAGACUUUAUCACCAGCUGUCAACAACAGAACGGAUUCUUAUCUUACUUCAAAAGGAACUUUUCAAGUAAGUUUGACAUUUUUGCACUGCGCAAUUGACGUGUCCAGUUACACCGCUCUCAUUUAAGGAUGUCCCCUGUUCCUCUGCUGAGUGGGAUCUUCCUGCUGUUCAUCCAGACAUGUCCUCUCAGUGCCAUGGUCACCAAAGGUAGUCUGGCAACAUCCGAACAGGCAGCAGCAACAGACUGUCCGUCCUGUGCCCUGGCACGGCUUCAAAAGGGUCCCUCGGAGAAUGAGGAUGAAGGAGCACAGCAAGAUGUGGUCGAAGCAGUGAAGAGACACAUCCUUAACAUGCUGCACCUGCAAGAGCGCCCCAACAUCACGCAUCCGGUGCCUCGUGCCGCACUCCUCAAUGCCAUCCGUAAGGUACAUGUGGGACGUGUGGCCAAGGACGGCAGUGUCCAGAUAGAGGAUGAGGCAAGUAGUCGUCCGGAAGCUGAACUGGCAGAGCAGACUGAGAUCAUCACCUUUGCCGAAGCUGGUCAAGCUCCAGGCUUUAUCAACUUUCUAAUUUCCAAGGAAGGUGGUGAGAGGUCGCUAGUGGAGCAAGCCAAUGUCUGGCUCUUUCUUCGACUGCCAAAGGGCAACCGUACCCGUGCCAAUGUCACCAUCCGGCUGCUCUUGCAACAGGGAACAGGGGAGAAGGUUCUGGCAGAGAAAUCUGUGGACACCCGGCGCAGUGGCUGGCAUACCUUUCCUGUGUCUGCCAGCGUGCAGACGUUGCUACAGCAAGGGGGCAGCACGCUAAGCCUGAGCGUCUCCUGCCCGCUGUGUGCCGAUGCUCGGGCUACACCCGUGCUUGUGACUCCGGGAGGCAGUGGACGUGAGCAAUCUCACCGGCCUUUCCUCAUGGCUGUGGUGCGACAGAUGGAUGAUCUGACCCUAAGGAGACGUCGCAAAAGGGGCCUGGAAUGCGACGGCAAGGUGCGCGUCUGCUGCAAACGUCAGUUCUACGUCAACUUCAAGGACAUCGGAUGGAACGACUGGAUCAUCGCUCCCUCCGGAUAUCAUGCCAACUAUUGCGAAGGUGACUGUCCUAGCCACGUCGCGAGCAUCACCGGCAACUCGUUGUCCUUUCACUCCACGGUUAUCAACCACUACCGCAUGCGAGGGUACAGCCCUUUCACCAACAUCAAGUCCUGCUGCGUGCCAACACGUCUGAGAGCCAUGUCCAUGCUCUACUACAAUGAAGAGCAGAAAAUCGUCAAAAAGGACAUCCAGAACAUGAUUGUGGAGGAAUGCGGCUGUUCGUAAUACAGAUAGGGAAAGAAGAAGAAGGGUAGGGAGGGAGAGACAGGACAGCGAGGUUGGGUGGUUGGGGCAAGAACUUCACUCCCCAUGACAAAUGACUCAGAGGGUAAGAAAAACAAAGGAUGUAGAGGGAGGAGAAUAUUGCUCCUCCAUCUCUAUCUCACUGCCUCAAGAUAAACUCUCGAAGACAGGCCUCUCUGGAUCACUUGUGUGUGGUCAUCUUAGAAUCCAAUGGGUAUCACAUUACAGUGGGUAUCUGUAACUCAGAGUAAUCUCUGUGGCACUUUCAAAAAAGAAAAUAUAAUAUAUUUUUGUUACAAAGCAAAGGGAGCAAGGUCAUAGGGUAUUUAUGUGGCCUACUUUACAGUGUGAACAUGCACUGCGAGAAGAGAGAUCAUGUAGUUGAGGUGCCUGAAAAAGAAAUUCUUAAAACUAUGCAACUUGUCAAGUAUUAUGAUAUAUUUUUCAUCAAGGUGUUGUUUUGUUUUUCAUCUAUGUACUUUUUCAGACAAAAAAAAAAAAAGAAAGAAAGAAAAGAGUUAACGAGAGUUGACUUUUUAUACUUUGUACGUAUGUUUAAUGUAAUAUGUGUGUCGUGUGUGUACAAAAAGUGUGUGUAUGUACAGUGUGCCUAUGGGAGUUUUUGUGUACAUUUGUGUGCAUGUCAUGUUUGUGUAUGUUGUUGAGAGAUACUUGAAAGAAGUUUGACGGGCUGCUGGAACCAAACAUUUCUCUAUAUUAUUAUUCUAAUUAUUCUGACUAUUGUUAAAAAUAUUAUUAUUUUGUUUUGAUUUAUGUAAAAAAAAAAAAAAAAUUAUCUUAAAAAAAGAGACAUUAAAAUGUUUACAGUUUUGCACUAUAUCAACAUUUUGAUCAGCGUAGCCACAUACACAGCUAGUAUAUAGAGAAGGCAAAAAGCACUUCAGAACAGACGUA